UAUUUCGUUUGGUCGUACUUUAUAAUAUAUUAUCAUGGUUGUGACUUGUGGUUUAAGUUGACUCUUCACGUUUCACCAUUUCGCUGACAGCAGCUAACUAGCUUAACGAGUUACACACCAUGGAAAACGGCCUGUUUGACAUUCCUGACUACGACAACAUAGAGGAUGAAUCUUUCCCUCCCCUCCCACCGCCUCACUCCCCGGGCCAGGGAGGGCAGGAGGACGGGAACCCUUUUGAAAAUGGGGACGAAGAUGGUGAUGUGUCCAAGCUGGAGGAUGUCCCUGCUGCUAAGAGGAAAGGAGUGAAGAGGCCGCAACCCAAGCUGGACUCUCAGAGGCUGAGCUCAGAAAGAGGACUUCCAGCUCUGCGAACACUGUUUGAUAAUGUCCAUUUCAAAGGCAAAGGGCACGAGGCUCAGGAUUUGCGGCUGCUGAUGCACAAGAUGGAGAACUGGGCCCACAGGUUGUACCCCAAACUGCAGUUUGAAGAUUUUAUUGACAAAGUGGAGAAGCUCGGCAACAAGAAGGAAGUGCAGACCUGUCUCAAACGGAUACGGCUUGACAUGCCACUGACACACAAAGACUUUAUGGGCGGUGAAGAACAAGCAGCUCCUGAAGCGCAUGUCUUUGGGGAUCCGGAUCCGUUUAGCGGAGCAAGCUUUAAUGACCUGCAAGCUCCGGUCCACUCCACCCCGGCUCCAGCUGCUCCACCCACUCCACCUUCCCCAGCUGCUCCCUCCCCCGCUCCCCCCUCCCUGACCGAGGAGCAGCGUAGACGCAUGGAGCUGAACAGACAGCGGGCUCUGGAGAAGAGGCUCGCCCGCCAGCAGCAGCAAACAGGUCCUUCAGACUCCCAGACUGCUGACUCGUCCACGUCAGCAGAGGAACGCACAUCGGCCUCCUCUGCAAACGUCCUCAACAGUUCUAAAGAUCAGGAUGUAGAGGUGGAGGAUUUCGACCUGGAGCCAGCCAGCAGCAGCACACAAGAAGAACAACAACAAGAACAAGAAGAAGAAGCCAUCAAGCUUCCCCACCCAGACUCUGAGCCUCCUGCUGAAUCCCCUCAGUGUGAGAAAGAGGAAGAAACUAACCUCAGCCAGCUCCAUCAACCCAGCAACGAGUGUGAGCAGCGAGAUGAGUGCUCUCUGAGUGCUCUCUGAGUGCAGGAACAAAUCAAACCUGUGCAUAAAUGAUCUUCUUGAAGUCUGUAAAGAGCAACUUGGUUCAAAUUCAGAAUGCCCAUUCCCAUCUGUAAUGUUAAGUUAUGUAAAUUGAAGUUCCCUUCAAUUUCCGUCCUCUAAGAGUUCUGCUUUUGCCGCUGAUAGGCUCAGAUUAUUAUUCUAAGUGUCUGACGACAUUAUGGAAAGGGUUCACAGAGAUAGACCUUUUUGUUGAAGACUAAGAUCUUUUUUGUAUAACAUGAAACUUGAAAUAUUGCUAACUAACCAGACUUCAUUUAAAUAAACAGUAAUUUUAUAAUCGUAAAACACACUUCAUUCUAAUUCAAAUCAAUCAAAAUCAAAAGUCGUCUUGGUUCAUCUUUCCACCGUUCCAACAAUCACCACUCUGGUUUGGUCGAAUUAAACCCUUAAUUCACCCAUUUACAUGUGGAAAUAUGCUGGCUCUAUACACGCUAAAAGUGCUGAUUAUUAAAAUGGUGUCUGGUGGGUUGGCAAUAGCAAUUUGUUGUCAUGCCAGCAGCAAAAAUUGAAACAUAAUUUUUCAGAUUUUACCACUAUUGGCAGGAUUUUGUUUGGUUUCACAAAUGUCAGUUAUUCCUGAACUGUACUAUGUGUUAACCCUUAAUGUCAGUAACAUGCCUGCAGUUAGGCCCUGUUAUUGUUCAUGUUUCAAAGUUAACAUUUCAGUGCAGCGUGAGAAGUUACUGCCAUAACAAUAAAACAUGUUUUCUUUGUGUGAAACUGACCUGAGCUGUGCUCAUCAGUUUAUCAUUAAUGAAUCUGAGCGAAGGUAGUACCAGUUUUUUUUAGUUUUUUUUAAAUGCCUUACAAUAAACAUUUCCUUGAAAAUUGAAUCUGUUUAGUAUCGAGACAUGUAUGUGAUCUCAUCUACAGCAUCAGAUAUACAAUUGCCAUAAACUCAAUAUACAUGGGUCAGAAUAAAAUCUGGUCUAGGUAUUCGCAAUUACAGAAA